GCAGACGACCGGAAGUCCGAAACGUAGAUUGAAUUUGGAAGCAGCUGGUUGGAAGGAUGUUUGAUGAACUGCAGAGCCUGGUAGCUCAAUUUAAAGCAUUAGCAACUGAGAUUUCUGAUGAGAAUGCAUUUUCAAAUUGUACUAGUAAAUGGGUGGAUAACUUGGACAGAGGUAUCAAGUUAUGUGAGGCAUUACCUCAUUUAGAAUCUAUUAAUCCAGGACAGUCUGCACAAGUUUCUGAGUUAGAGACUAUUGCAUUAGGACUUUGGAACCUUUCUGUUGCAUUAAAAACAAAGGGAAUGGUGUCUGCAGUUUCAAAUGCCAAAAUACGUCACAUUGCAUUUUGGAUGCUGGAGUUUUGUGGACAAUGUUUUGAGAAUGAAUCCAAUCUAAAGAGACUGAUAAUGAUGGGGCUAAAAACUGGAAGGGCUUGGUUAGAUGGAAAUGUAGCAGAGUUUGCUGAAAAGGUCCUUUUUAAAUCAGAGAAGUGUAUACAAAGGUUAAGAAAAUUGGUGAUAGAUAAAAAUGCAGUCAAUGAAGAUUCUGAGUCAUCAGUAAAAGAGAAACUAGAGAUUGAACAAGAUCUGUUCACUCUACUCUGUUACCAAGCUGAAACUUUUGUGUCCUUGUCAAGACCAGAAGAUGCUUUGGAGCAAAUGUUAAAGGCAAAAGAACUUCUUCCAAAAUUUCCAAAGGAGGCAUCAUUCCUAUCAAUGUUAUGUUAUAACACAGGAGUAGAGCUAUUUCAACAAAAGCUGUUUGCUGAAGCUACUGUGUGGCUUAGAGAAAGUUAUGAAUUAGGGAAAGGUCAGCAGUCCAUCGGGCCAAAGAAUCAGGCAAGAACUUUACGGUUAUUGUCCUAUGUAUACCUAGAGUAUAAACAAGAUGAGAACAUACAGAAUGCCUUAAAUGCCAUAAGUCUAGCUAACACUGAACAUUGUCAUCCUGCUGGUGUUUUCACAAAGUUGAAGAUUGUUUUACUACAGAAUGCUGCUGAUAAUGUUGUCAAGAGAGCAUGUGAAGAAUUGCUUAGUAUCCCUGAACUUACUGUUGACCUCAGUCUCAAUACACUUCAAACUGUCAAUCAGUAUAAUAGGGUAGAAAUUAUGACAUGGCUGAUUGAGGAGUUACUGAAGAGGUUUGAGCACUCUCCAGAUAUUGGCAAACUGCUUGUUACCAACGCUGAGGUUCUUCUUAAUGCUGGAAUGAAGAAACAAGCUAAGGAAUUUGUUGAAUAUUGCAUUACAGCUCAUCAUACAGGAAGACCACUGGAGUUGUCUAUAAAGAAACGAUUUCAUGUUUUAUUCUGGGAACAGGCAGCAGCAAGUUAUGAGGGAAAGGAUUUUGAGGAGGCCUUGCAGUGGUAUAAUUACUCUCUCAGCUUGUACACUCAGUCUGACACUGGAGAUUUAAACCUCGCAAAACUGCAUAGGAACAGAGCCAACUGUCUCAUUGCAACACAUCAACUUGAUAUGGCUAAAGAGGCUAUAGAACAAUCUGUAAAGAAUGAUCCUACUUGUGCACAUGCUCAGUACAUAUGUUUCAAGCUGGCUCUUCUGGAAAAUAACAAUGUCAAAGCAUGUGAAUCUUUGAAGAAAUUAUGUGAAUUGGCUUCAACAGACAAUGUAAUAGCAAGUGGUGAUUCUCUGGGCCUCUGUGGACUUGUGGCUCUAGCUGCUCAACAAGCUCUGGAGACUGACAAGACAGAAGCAGCUUGUGUAGCAUUGGAACAUCUUAGCAAUACCAGCACAGAUAUUGAACAGGUGCUCACAUCUCUCAGAUGUCUUAUUAGACUUAAGCUGUCAGUUGCUGACAAAUCUACAGAGCACAGAAACGAAGCUUUUGAAAUCAUAUCUUACAUCAGAAUGGGAUACAACAAACUUUUAAAGCUGCAAGAUGAGGAUAACAACAGAAAUCAGUUUGUCCAGAAUGAGGCCAACUGGCUCAUGAAAAUAGCUUGGAAUUUGGCAUUACAGUAUGAAGAUGAGCCUUUACAAAUGAAGGAACUUUACACACUUUGUUCACAGUUGCUGUCAUUGAAUGCCCAGGAUGAAAGUUGUCAGUCAAGACAAAUGACUUGUAUACUAAUGUCUGCAGCUGCUUGCCUACAAGUUGCCAGAAAUACAAAUGAGGAGGAUAAAAGGAAAGGUGUGCUAGAAGAGUGCCUUGAACAUCUGGGUGCCUGUAGAGAACUGUAUGGCAGAAUAAGGCAGCAUUUUAUAGGAAUGCCAGAAUCGCAUAACAGGGAGACAGAUAUUCUACUUUUAUUGUAUGAGUUUGAGGCUCGUAUUCACCUGAAAGAUCCUGGAGUGGAGAAUGUUCUAGAGAAAGCACUCACAACAUCUGGACCGGAUCCUAAAACAUUUGAGACACUAGCAGCUAUAGCAAUAGAACCACCAGCUCAUAACAAGAAUGUUGGUGUAAGAGCCUUGAAAGUGGCCAUAAGGAAACAUCUACAGGCUAAACAACCAGACCUAUCAAAAUGCAGUAAACUGUUUCACAGUUUGAUUCAACUGUGUCUAAGUGGAGGGUCUGCUCAGGAUAUAUCUGGUAAACAGGAUGCAUGGAACUAUUACAUGGAAAUAUUUGACCUAAUCACUACCACACAACUGGGUGAAUAUCCAGAGAUGGAGAUUGUCUGGUUAAUGACAAAAGCUUGGAACUGUGGCAUCAGUUUAUAUAGUUGUAAUAAGUAUACAGAGGCAGAGAAAUGGUGUGGUAUGAGUAUGAGAUUGUUAAAAUACCUUCCUACAUUCAGAAAUAACUACCAAGAUCAUAUGAGCAGUGUGUAUGCUGAUAUCCUGGCCAAAGUUGAGAAUACAGCUAAGAGACCCAGUCUUGAAAUGCUAGAUGUACCAGUGUGAUAUUUUAUUUUUUGUUUCUUAUAGAGACAAUUCGGAAUAAGUUAAGACAAAUGUUAAAUAGCCAAAAUGAAUUCAAUUUAACAUUUAAAAAAAAAGUGGAACUCUGUGAUCAUUUGAUAAUGGACAUUGUCAGUAAAAUACUGAAAAUAGAUAUUUCAAAUUGUAUAUAUUAUUUCUGGAAAAUUUCCACAGUCAUCAAGCAUUUGAUUGUGCACAUUUUUAAUGGUUAUAUACUGAGAUUAUAGUUUUAUGAAAAAUAUGAUGUAUUAAUUAUUUCUGUAUAUGAAUAAACCUUACUUUUAAACUGUU